AUGAGCACCGGUUUCGAGGGCUACGAAGGGCACUCCCAUGAGGACCACUACCCUCACCACCACCACGAGGAGCACAAAGUAAAGGAAAUUGUUAUAGAGAAGAAGGUCAAGGUACCUUACCCAGUAGAGAAGAAAGUUCACUACCCCGUGGAGAAAGAAGUGCCUUAUCCAGUCGAAAAGAAGGUUCCUGUGCCCUACGCAGUAGAAAAAAAAAUCCCCGUUCCAUACAAAGUGUACGUUAAAGUUCCAGUGCAUAUUCCCGCCCCAUAUCCAGUUGAAAAGAAGGUCCACUACCCAGUCCACGUUCCAGUGGAACGGCCAGUUCCCUACAAAGUCUACGUGCCAGCACCCUACCCCGUAGAGAAAAAGGUCCACUACCCCGUGAAAGUUCCAGUUCCACAACCGUUCCCCGUCGAGAAACACAUCCCAGUGCCUGUGAAGGUCCACGUUCCAUACCCCCAGCCAUACCCAGUCGAAAAAAAGAUCCCAGUGCCUGUAAAGGUUCAUGUUGACAGGCCCGUUCCAGUUCCUGUCAUCAAACCUUACCCGGUUCCAGUCGAGAAAAAGGUUCCCUAUCCAGUAGAACAUCCAGUUCCCUACCCCGUAAAGGUCCACGUUGAAAGGCCGGUUCCCUACACAGUAGAAAAAAAGGUUCCCUACCCAGUCAAGGUCCCCGUUCCAGCGCCCUACCCAGUUGAGAAAAAGGUUCCAGUUCCGGUUGAGAAACCUGUUCCUUACCCGGUCAAGGUUCCCUACGACCGCCCCGUUCCAGUUCAUGUUACCAAACAUGUUCCUUAUGAAGUUACCAAACACGUUCCCUACCCGGUCAAGGUUCCAGUUCCAUACAAGGUGGAACAUCACGAACAUCACGAACACCAUGAACACCACGAAGCGGAACACGGCCAUGAUUUCGGAGGACAUGAUUUUGGAGAGCAUGGGGAUUUUGGAGGGCAUAAUUUCGAGUCCCAUCAUGGUUAUUAA